AAUGAAACAAAAACAAAUAUAUCAUUAUUUGGGCCAAAUUGGGUCUUUGUGACAGAAAAAUUAGGGCACACUUUAUCUCCAUCUGGAGAACUGUUUUGCUACUCUGCUCCUCCUUCUCUCUCCUUUCCACCGGAAUUAUUGUGAUUUUAAAGGAGGUUGUAAGCAGAUAUGCCAUCAGAUACUGCAAGAGAAAAUGCAUCUAUAGCUAAUUCCAUCGAGACCGACUGGAAAAAUGAAAGAGGGAAUCUUGGCGGACCAGAUAGUUCAAGCCUCAGAGUUAAUGAGGAUACCAAUCGUUCUAUAGCAGAGGAGCUCACUUCAUCUCUGCCAAUUGGAAUUUCAAGUGCAAUUGAAAAGGGUAAACUCUAUAGCAUAAGAUAUUUUGUAAUCAAGAGUUUGAACCAUGAAAAUAUCCAAUUAUCAGUAAACAGAGGGAUUUGGGCUACUCAAGCCAUGAAUGAGGCCAUUUUGGAUGAAGCAUUUCAUAAUUCCAGCAAGGUUAUACUAAUAUUCAGUGUCAACAUGAGUGGGUAUUUCCAAGGGUACGCCCAAAUGAUUUCUUCAGUCGGUUUGAGAAGAGACCAAGUUUGGAGUCAAGGAAAUGGUGGUCGUAAUCCUUGGGGUCGAAGCUUUGAAGUGAAUUGGCUGCGAUUGUAUGAUCUGCCUUUCCAAAGAACUCUUCACCUUAAGAAUCCAUGGAAUCAAUACAAACCAGUCAAAAUUAGUAGAGAUUGUCAGGAGUUACCUCCAGAUAUUGGUGAAGCUUUAUGUGAGCUUCUUGAUGGACAGGAUGCUUUGGAUGUUGAUUUGAAAAUGGAUAUCUUUGCAAGGAAUGAUUUCUCUUCUAAAAGGCCAUAUGUAGAGUCUUCACUGCAUCUUGGAGAUCAAGACUGUAAUGCAUCUCUGACACCUAAUGGGACCAUGUUUUAUCCCUCUUUACUCUACCAACAUCAAAUUGAUGCUAGUAGACUUCACGUAGCACCUCAGAGAAUAAAUGGUGUAUUUUCUGCUGAGGAGUCAGCCAUUGCAUCAGGGGAAUCAAAGUCGAGACAGUCGAGGCAUUCAAAGAGGAAUAGAAGCCUUGCUAAUCUUCAUGUAGACACUGAAAUGGGUCCUCAAAUUAGCAUGUGGGGCUUGCCGGCAGAGAGGAGCCCACUUGCUAGUAAUUUGACUGAAGAUGACAUUCUUGAAAUGACAUAUGAAGAGUAUCUUGAAGCUUAUAGCAGAGGCAGCAAAAGAUCGCCCCACCCUGUUUCAGGACCAUCACGGAGUACACAGAGGUCUUUAGCCAGUGAAGACAACUGUGAUGAUUCGCAAUCAGGUUGCAGUUCGAAGAAAAGGAGAAGUCACUAAAUCUCCCCAUUGGUUGCAUUGGUUUUCUUGGAGAGCAGGCUGAUAUGGUUGAUAAUUGUGUUGUCGCAGUUGUCGCGAAGUGGUGGCUCUUGCGAAAUUGUUCCUUUAUUUUUGUAAAACUUAAAACUUAGGAGCAUAUAUUGCUGUAAUGUUGUAGUAUAUCUGUACUGUAUUAUAUGACCCUCUUGUCACCCUUCUCCCCUUCCUGUUUUCGAAUGGAAAAUUUUAUACUGUCAAUGGACAACUUGUACAGGAAAUUAGCAAGUCUCCCUAUACUCAUAUAUUCAAUCUUGAUAAUGUCAAGUACUGUAUAGAAAUGGAUAAUAUCUUCUUGAUUUUUGGGAUGGAGAGGAGUUAUUCUA